UAAACAAAAAUAUUACUUUCUGUUUUCCACCAUGUCGAGCAGAGCAGGCGGUCUGUACGGCGGUAUCCAGUUUUCGUCUGGUGCUGCUGUGCCAGCUUCUGCCUCUCAGCCAGCUUUUACCUUCUCUACUACCGAGUCUAGGCCAUCGCCAGAUAACGAACCAACACCUCAGUCGGUAACGGUACCGACACCACAAGAAACGCCUGUAGCUGCGCCCGAAGGCGCAAAAUCCACAGCCGGGUGGUCUGCUGCCCUUGCCUUCGCGCCCGUACGACGAAAUCAGCAAAAAUCGAAACCUGCAGUGCCCAGGCUCCCAGUUGGUGCGGCAUUCGCAACAGCCAGUUCUGCAACAGUUUCAUCUGCGGCAGUUAUAUUUGCGCCACCCAUUUUGGUUGAACCGCCGAAGCCGUUGGAGCCCGUACAAGAAGCCGUCCCGACCCAGGGAGGAUGGGGUAAAAAAGUCAAGCCCCCGUCGAUGGUGCUGGAAGAGGAUGUCAACGGCUUCAGGGCUGCUGGACAGAAGAGGAAGGGUGGUAAGGGGAAAGGCAGAAAGAAUAAAAAUCAGCUAGUUGUAGCUGUCUGGGAUCCAAUGGAGCCGUAUGAUCUCCUGAAGCCAAACGACUACAACGAGUACAAAGUCUGGAGGCAGAAGGAAAAGAUUGAGAGACGGGUACGUUUAGCUGAACAGCAUCGGAAGCGGGGACGAAGCAGCGAUUACACGGACAGUGAUGGCGGAUCGUCUUCAGACGAACGACCACACAAAACUGGUCGAUAUGAUGAGUAUUACGGCCACUGGUCCAGAGGCGAUGAUGAGAAACAUGGCAUCGGUCGUCCUGCUCAUCCAGUGGUCCCCCUCGACAAGAACAUGACAGGUGAUGAAGCAUACCAGCGCCGGCUCGCUCUGUCGAGGCUUCAGCCUCCUCGAGCACCUUCACCACCUCAAGAAGACGACAUUACGAGUCGCUCUGCCCUCGCUCCUCCUCCUGCGACUGAAACCGGUGAAGAGGCGUAUCUUCGACGUCUGGUAAUGAGCAGUCGCCCUCCGGUACCGGCACCAGCACCCCGUCCUCCUUCACCGCCUCAACUCGCUUACAAUCCUUUCGCCCCGCCGUCUGUUCCACCCCCGCCUCCAGGGCCUCCGGCUGCAGUGCUUCAAGCUACGAUAGACGAAAAAGUCAAAGCAGCAGCAGCAAUUGCCGCACGCUUAGGUGCUUUGGCUAAUACGGCACCAGCACUAACAACUGUGCCUUCGCCUCUUGAAGAGUCGGCAGGAUCAUCAAAGCGACCCGACCCGCAUGGGUUCGCCGCGCGACUGAUGGCAAAAUGGGGUCACAAGGAGGGACAAGGUUUGGGUGCAGACGGCUCUGGAAUUGUGAAUGCAUUGGCUGUGGAGCAAAUGAAAAACAAAGGGUCGAAGGGCGUUGCCGCGGGGUCUAAUCGGGGAAGAAUUAUCAACGACAAUGAGGAUGCCAAAACGAGAGAUGAUAGGGAACGGUUUGGAUUACCGAGCAGGGUGAUGGUGCUCACGAAUAUGGUUGGUCCUGAAGAUGUCGAUGAUGGUGAUCUAAGAGAAGAGAUUGGCGACGAAUGUUCCAAGAACGGAACAGUAGAACGGGUGGUGGUCCAUCUCGUGAACCCCUCCCCUCCUAAUCCGGCAGAUGCCGUACGCAUUUUUGUCUUAUUUGCUGGUCCUGCAGGAGCGUGGAAGACCGUGCGGGAAAUGGACGGUCGGUAUUUUGGUGGCCGAUCCGUCCGUGCUCAAUACUUCCCUGAGGGACUGUUCAACCAACUCAAUCUUGAUGGACCUUUAAUUUAGUGUUUUUUUUUCUUUGGUUUUACGACUGUAUUGCUUCAGUGUCAAUAAAAUAUA